UCAUCAUCAUCAUCAUCAUCAUCAUCAUCAUCAUCAUCAUCAUCAUCAUCAUCAUCAUCAUCAUCAUCAUCAUCAUCAUCAUCAUCAUCAUCAUCAUCAUCAUCAUCAUCAUCAUCAUCAUCAUCAUCAUCAUCAUCAUCAUCAUCAUCAUCAUCAUCAUCAUCAUCAUCAUCAUCAUCAUCAUCAUCAUCAUCAUCAUCAUCAUCAUCAUCAUCAUCAUCAUCAUCAUCAUCAUCAUCAUCAUCAUCAUCAUCAUCAUCAUCAUCAUCAUCAUCAUCAUCAUCAUCAUCAUCAUCAUCAUCAUCAUCAUCAUCAUCAUCAUCAUCAUCAUCAUCAUCAUCAUCAUCAUCAUCAUCAUCAUCAUCAUCAUCAUCAUCAUCAUCAUCAUCAUCAUCAUCAUCAUCAUCAUCAUCAUCAUCAUCAUCAUCAUCAUCAUCAUCAUCAUCAUCAUCAUCAUCAUCAUCAUCAUCAUCAUCAUCAUCAUCAUCAUCAUCAUCAUCAUCAUCAUCAUCAUCAUCAUCAUCAUCAUCAUCAUCAUCAUCAUCAUCAUCAUCAUCAUCAUCAUCAUCAUCAUCAUCAUCAUCAUCAUCAUCAUCAUCAUCAUCAUCAUCAUCAUCAUCAUCAUCAUCAUCAUCAUCAUCAUCAUCAUCAUCAUCAUCAUCAUCAUCAUCAUCAUCAUCAUCAUCAUCAUCAUCAUCAUCAUCAUCAUCAUCAUCAUCAUCAUCAUCAUCAUCAUCAUCAUCAUCAUCAUCAUCAUCAUCAUCAUCAUCAUCAUCAUCAUCAUCAUCAUCAUCAUCAUCAUCAUCAUCAUCAUCAUCAUCAUCAUCAUCAUCAUCAUCAUCAUCAUCAUCAUCAUCAUCAUCAUCAUCAUCAUCAUCAUCAUCAUCAUCAUCAUCAUCAUCAUCAUCAUCAUCAUCAUCAUCAUCAUCAUCAUCAUCAUCAUCAUCAUCAUCAUCAUCAUCAUCAUCAUCAUCAUCAUCAUCAUCAUCAUCAUCAUCAUCAUCAUCAUCAUCAUCAUCAUCAUCAUCAUCAUCAUCA